AUGGAAGAGGGAACCAAGAACAAGAAGACCAUCUUCGUCGGCGGACUUGUGGACGAAGUGAACGAGGCGACGCUUUUCGAGACGUUCUCGACUUUCGGGGACGUAGUAGAGGUUCAGCUUCCACCCGCCACGACGAACCCCAAUCAGCAACAGCAAGGUAUUGCUCGAAUAGCCUUUCCCCCGCCAGGCUUCAAAAACAAGCAUCGCGGCUUCGCAUUCGUGACGUUUACUUCCUCUGCCGACGCGCAAGACGCGAUCGACAACAUGGACUUGAAUGAGCUGCAGGGGAAAGUGAUUAAGGUCAACCUGGCCAAACCACAAAAAGCUCCAGUACAAGGGGCAGGGAACCGGGCUGUUUGGGAAACGGAGGAAUGGCUCCAGACGCACUUGAAGCCGUUGGCGCAGAGCGGAGGUAAGAGAAUUCCCUCGUUGCGGUUAUGA